AUUAUUCUAUUACCAUCUCGUCAAUCUUCUACUUGUAUCAGCCUCAAUUGAUUUCGAUACCCCGACAUCAAGAUGGCCAGCAAGUUUGCCGCUGCCUUCGUGGCAUCUUUCCGCCCCGCUGUGCGUCCCAGCACCUUCUUCGCUCGUCCUCAAGUCGCACAGACUUUCUACCGUGGUCUGGCCUCAAUUCCCAAGGAGCAGCCCCGUCUCCGCCUUGGCUCCACCGCGCCCAACUUCAAGGCCACCACCACCAAGGGCCAGAUUGACUUCCACGAGUUCAUCGGCGACAAGUGGGCGGUCCUCUUCUCCCACCCCAAGGACUUUACUCCCGUGUGCACCACUGAGCUUGGCGCCUUUGCCAAGCUCGCCGACGAGUUCACGGAGCGCAAUGUUAAGCUCAUUGGUCUUUCUGCCGACGACCUCGGCUCCCACGAGACCUGGCAAAAGGACAUUGACGAAGUGACCGGCUCGAACCUUGACUUCCCCAUCAUCGCCGACGCCGACCGCUCCGUCUCUUUCCUCUACGACAUGAUCACCCAGCAGGACAUUGAGAACUUGGCCGCCAACCCUCUGCCCUUGACUAUCCGCUCUGUUUUCGUCAUUGACCCCUCCAAGAAGAUUCGUCUGACCAUGACCUAUCCUGCCUCGACCGGCCGUAACUCCGCCGAGGUUCUCCGUGUCAUUGACUCGCUCCAGACUGGCGACAAGGAGGGUGUUGUUACCCCUAUUGACUGGCUCCCCGGCGACGACGUUAUCAUUCCCCCCAGCGUGUCCAACGCUGACGCCAAGGCCAAGUUCGGCGAGGUCCGCGAGCUCAAGCCUUACCUCCGCUACACCAACGUCGGCAAAUAAAUUCUGUCUAGACCGAACAGAAGAAUAUCUAUAAUUUAAUAAUAAAUAUGCUAUAGUAGAAAGGUUUUGGAAAAUAAUUUUCGGCUAGUGUACUAUACUAUAUACAUUUUACAUUUUCCCUGAUACAGUUCGUCUUUUGUAUCUAGGUAUUAAAAUAGAAGUUUGAAGCGC